GUGAAAUCCCACUCAGCAGCUCUGUUGUUGCCAUAUGGUCUUUUUUCCUUCUGAAUGCUGGAGGAGAAACGUCUCUGCUGUCACUGCAGCAGCGGUGACAGCAGAGAGCGAUGAGCAUCAGCAUCGAGCCGAGGCACAGCUGUAAUAAGGAGAGGGUGGGGGUGCAGUUCUAGAAGAUUCUGCAGGAAUCAUACGAGUGGACCCCAUUUCACUGGUUUAUUGUGGGAACUGUAUUACUAAGCUAGGUGGUUAGCCUUCCCUGCCAAAGCCACAACCUGCACACAGUGGUGGGGACUAAAGGUUUUAGGAUCCAAUGACGGGAACAGACUGAUUCAUCCUUCUCACUGCAGAAAUGUCAAAGAGACCAUCCUAUGCCCCUCCACCUCCCCCUGCCCCUACAACUCAAAUGCCCAACACCACCGGGUUUGUGGGGUACAACCCAUACAGCCAUCUGGCCUACAACAACUACAGACUGGGAGGGAGCCAAAGCAGCAACAGUCGGGUAACGAAUUCAUCUGGAAUAAAUAUCCCAAAGCCACCCAAGCCACCCGAUAAGCCACUGAUGCCAUAUAUGAGAUACAGUCGCAAGGUUUGGGAUCAAGUAAAAGCCUCCAAUCCUGAUCUGAAGCUAUGGGAAAUUGGGAAGAUAAUCGGUGGCAUGUGGAGGGACCUCACUGAUGAGGAGAAACAGGAUUAUUUGAAUGACUACGAAGCAGAGAAGAUUGAGUAUAAUGAGAGCAUGAAGGCCUAUCACAACUCGCCAGCCUACCUGGCCUAUGUAAACGCAAAAAGCCGGGCCGAGGCAGCUCUGGAAGAGGAGAGUCGCCAGAGGCAGUCCAGGCUGGACAAGGAUGAGCCUUACAUGAGUAUUCAGCCAGCAGAGGAUCCAGAUGGUAAGGCCCCCUGGGCACUGCCGCAGAGUUGUAAUUAUUGUAGCACGACCACACAGCGUUGCGAGCGCGCACACCCAGUGAAUGCGUUAUCCCCCCCCCUCCUCCUAUAUUUUGAUGCGUUUGUGGUUUCCAAAAAGAAAAUUAGGUUUGUCUUUACAGUUCUGAGAAAACAGUCAGAGGUUUCAAAAAGAACUUAUUUAUUCCACAUUUGCUGUUGUUUUCAGUUGUGCUGCAUGAAGGUGGAGGUGGACAUGGAGAAGAUUUCUGCAGAGAUUGCUGCAGCAGAAGAAGCAGCCCGCAAACGGAUGGCAGAACGUGAGAAGGACGCAGGAGAUCGAGAUUUCUUUGAUUCAGGGAAGCCAAAGACCUCAGAGGAACUUGAGGCCCACCCCGGCAGCGAAGAGGGGGCGUCAGAGGACAAAGAGAGCGUCCCAGAGGGAGCCAUGGAGGAGGGAACCAGUGACAGCAACACGGGUUCAGAAACCACCUCCGCUCAAACGGAAGACGCCACGACUAGCGAGCCAUCAGAGGGGCCCGGCAGGGCGCGAGCAGCCCACUGAGUCCGGCAGCGGGCUGCGUGUGAACUGUCAGGCUGUUGGCCGGGCUGCUGCACUCUGACGAUUACAGAUAUUGCACAGUGUCAUCUCAGUUGUCAAAGCAUAUGAAGAGCAUUCAGAUGGGCUCGAUGUUUAACAAGCCUGAGGCCGAGUUCGAACACUAAGGCUCGCAGACACACUCUGAAAAAAAGGAAAAAAACAAACCUGCACUGGAAGCCGACAAAGCAAUGAUAAAAUCAAUGGCUGCUAAAUGUGCCACAGAAGCCCAUGUGAAAGCACUAUGUAUUUUCUCCACAGACUGCGUUGCCAUUUGGAAGAACCCAUACACGCCCUCUUCAGCACAUACUGAAACAUAUCUUUAGCACUCUCUUCGGCAGAAUCCUGACCGUCGCAAUUCGACCGUCACACGAAACAAACAUUGCUCAGUGUUAUAUUGAACUUUGUAUUGUUGUGUCAUUGUUGCUUUUCUUGUUAUUUUUGCAUGUUUUUUAAAAUGAGUUGUAAAGAGUGGAGCCAAGUGACCGUCUCCUCGGCAGGAGAAUAUUUGUUUACUCUCUGUAUCAGUAUUACAGUGGCAGUAUUGUCUCAGGAGUUCGUAGUCAUUUAGUAGUAGCUAUUUUUGUUAUUUAUUAUCAGCUUUUUUUUAAAUUAUAUUUGUGUAUCGGUUGUCCUGGGGCCGGCCCAGUCCAUCCGUGAGUAUAUCACAUGAUCAUCAAUGCUGUACAAUGCUCAACUACCAGUGUUCUCAAGUUUGCUUGCUGUCAAUCAAAUCAAAAGCAGUAUGCUUAGAACAUUUGUGUGUUAAGAUCAUUAUUGUGGUUUUCAACAGAAAGCCUUUAAAUGUACCGUAAUUGUGUACACAGUGUAACGAGGUUUGCUUAAACAUGGAUUUUCAUAAAAAGAGCUUGAAGAACAUUCAUAAACAUGCAGUCUUAAAAUGAAUUUCCUUUUGCAUAUUUAUACCAAUAAAACUUUUCUACCCUGAAGGAAA